AUGGAAAAUAUUCCUUAUGCAUCUGUUGUUGGGAGUCUGAUGUAUGCUCAAACAUGCACAAGGCCAGAUAUUAGCUUUGCAGUUGGUAUGCUUGGAUUGUUGGAUUCCAAAGAGUGGCAAGUUGCUGGAUGCCUGGAUGUAGCUCUAAUUCAGCUGGACGAAAUUGAUAAGAUGGCCAUGGUGCUUGAUUUUGUUCUUCUGCAACAGGGUUGGAAUAUUGAGAAGCUUCGAGAGGCCAUCCCUAGAAUUCGUCUUUCCCCAGAGCUCCCUCUCUUUCGAGAGGCCCCCGUCUUUCGCAACGGCGAGGACUGCGGCUCCUCUCCCUUCGCCACCAUUAACGUAGCCAUGACCCUCGACACCAACUACCUCCGCAGCACCAUGGCCACGGUGUUCUCCAUGCUUCAACAUUCGACAUGCCCCGAGAACCUAGCCUUCCACUUCCUCUCCGCCCAUGACGACGCUCCCGAACUCUUCUCCAGCAUCAAUUCCACCUUCUUUUACCUUAAGAUGAAGAUUUAUCGGUUUGACUCCAACAGGGUCCGCAACAAGAUAUCCAAGUCCAUUCGACAGGCCUUGGACCAACCCUUGAAUUACCCCAAAAUAUACCUGGCCGAUACCAUACCAGAAGACGUGAAACGCGUGAUAUAUUUAGACUCUGACUUGGUGGUGGUUGACGACAUAGCCAAGCUUUAUGGUGUUGAUAUGAAGAGCCAAGGUGCAGUGCGAGGUGCGGUGCGAAAACACACCGAUCGUCGGUGCAAUCCUGGCAACAAUAAUAUGUUAUGGUGA